AUGAUUUUCGACCCAGACACUAUCGACAUUCCCAAGUCUUACGAGACUAUUUCAUUGACCGAUGUCAAAGUCUCCCACCACCCGGCCGGGGCGGUUGAAGCUACCCCUGUUGUUGUGGUGACACUGAACCGACCGGAAAAGCACAAUUCGUUCACUCUAGAUAUGAUGCAUGCAUUUGAGAAGAUAUAUCCUAUGUUUGAUGUUGAUGAACGCGUCAAAGUCGUGGUGCUUACCGGCGCUGGCAAGAUGUUCUGUGCUGGUGCGGAUCUUGAGCGAGGAUUCAGUGGAAUGGACAAGGAGAGAAACAAAGAUCACCGCGAUAGCGGCGGCCGUCUCGCCUUAGCCAUUCACCGCUGUCGCAAGCCUACUAUAGCGGCUAUGCAUGGCUCCGCUGUUGGUUUGGGCAUGACGAUGUGUCUACCAGCUGCCAUACGUAUUGGCUGCCAGAAAUCCAAGUACGGAUUUGUCUUCCCACGACGGGGUCUCACGAUGGAAUCAAGCUCUUCAUUCUUUCUCCCGCGGUUGAUUGGCUAUUCCAAUGCUCUCUACUUGCUCACAACUGGUGGCAUCUUCCCGCCUACAUCGCCGCAUUUUGGGACUUUGUUCCAGGAGACAUACCCUGAUCCAAACCAGGUAGUUGCACGUGCAUUGGAACUUGCUACAGAAAUUGCAGAGAAUGUUAGCUCCAUGGCAUUAUACAUUUCGCGAGAACUCAUGUGGCAGAACCCGGGGAGCGCCGAGGAGACUCACCUAGUUGAUUCGGCGGUGCUCUACCAUAUGCUUAGUAGGAGGGACUCAAAGGAAGGCGCCAAAGCAUUCUUUGAGAAACGAAAACCAAAUUUCAAGGCAACUCUCGAGGGUGAUGCACCCCCCAGCUUUCCUUGGUGGUCUGAUGUUGAUACCGGGAGACGUCCGAAGGCAAGCAAGGCGAGACUGUAG